AUGAACAUGAUGCAUCACGGUAUCUGGAUGGAAAAUAUUUCAUUCAAGUUCACUCUCAUUCUUUUCUUCCGCUAUUCGUCUCAUCCCUCUCACUUGCAUUUCUCGGCAUCUCCGUCAUCAGCCACAUCAUUUUCAGAACUUCAGCCACGUUGUGGAGCGUAUUCCUUCGCUCGCUGUCACGCUUGGAGGUCUCAUUUCAUUUCCUCUCGCGCAUUCGAGAGAGCACUUUCAUUUCUCACAUCAGAGAGCCUCACUCUCAUUUCUCUCCAUUUCGGUUUCCUGGCGUCUUCCUUCUCGAGAGACAUCUCCUCGUCGCACGUCGUUCAUCAUCACGGCAAGGCUUCUUCACUCACAGAAUCAUCUCUAUUUCCUCUAUCCUUCAUUUUUCACCGAAUCAUUCAUAGAGCUAAACCCUCUGUUGGGGUUUCUUCUCCUUUUCACCAUUUCCCUUCGAUUCCACCGAUUAAAACCUUGUUUUCACCAUUAGAAACAUUUUCCACCGAUUCAACUUUGAUUUACACCGAUCAAUCGGUCCAGAAUAGGUUUCCUUCUUCUUCUAGGGUUUCUAUCAAGUUUAAUCCUUUGUUUCAUGUUCUUCUUCGAGUUUUUGUCAUAUUUUCGCUACGUCUUCUCUUUGGAAGAAGCUUCGAGGAUUCGCGUCGCACCUACAGUCAUCUUCUCAGAGCUGCUCUUCCAACCGUAGUUAUAGUUCACAUUCUUCUCUACCCCUACUUGAACACUGAUGCGGGGACAAUGUCUCCUUUCGAGCAUGCGGAGGUUUUCGUCUUAGAUGAUAGCGGAGAGUUUGUUAUUGAGAAGGAGAGAAGAGGAGAUUAUGAAAGAGGAGAGGUCAAGCUCGGGCAGCCUUGGGGGAGUUUGUUGAGGGUUUAGCAUUAUCUUCAAUUGGUGAAUAUAAGAAAGCUGAGGAUGCACAUCUAAAAUCACUUCAAAUUGAUAGAAAUUUUCUUGAAGCAUGGGCACACCUGA